AUGGGGAAGCUCAUUCGUUUGGAGUUGUUCAACUUCAAGUCCUACAAAGGCCACCACACCCUCUUGUUUGGUGAUUCCUAUUUUACCUCAAUCAUUGGCCCAAAUGGAUCGGGCAAGUCCAACUCUAUGGAUGCGAUAUCCUUCGUCCUAGGUAUCAAAUCGUCGCAUCUCAGAUCCGCUCAUCUGAAAGACCUCGUAUAUCGUGGCCGAGUCCUCAAGACCUCCAAAAUUAAUGACGAUGGAUCUGCCGACACUCCCGCCGCGAAUGGUGUUGCAAAUGGCGAAACAAACGGCAUCGAUCAAUCCGAGCAACGCCCUACCCGCGGCGACCCCAAAAACGCCUGGGUCAUGGCCGUCUACGAGGAUGAUGCAGGCGACGAGCAGAAGUGGAAACGAUCCAUUACCAACCAGGGCGCUAGUGAAUACCGCAUUAAUGAUCGCGUUGUCACUGCCCAGCAGUACAAUGAGGCCCUUGAGGCCGAGAACAUCCUCAUCAAGGCUCGCAACUUCCUCGUCUUCCAGGGUGAUGUCGAGGCCAUUGCCGCCCAAUCGCCGCAGGACCUGACUCGCCUCAUCGAGCAGAUUUCUGGCAGUCUAGAGUACAAGGCCGAGUACGAGAGAUUACAAACCGAGGCUGACCAGGCUUCCGAGACAACGGCUUUCCAAUUACAGCGGCGCCGGGGUAUCAACUCUGAGAUCAAACAGUAUCAAGAUCAGAAGAGGGAGGCUGAAAACUUCCAGGCCAAAACCGACGAGCGUGACAAGGCUAUUGUUACACAUAUUCUAUGGAAACUCUACCAUUUUCAACGCAUCAUGGACGAGUCCAGCGCACAGAUCCAAGAACACCAGGAGAACCUCAAAGAGUUCCGUCGCAACGUUGAAAAGUUCGAAAAAGACCUCGAGAACGCCCGCCAGGCGCAGUCCAAGGUGAAUCAGGAGGUGCACAAGGUCGAGCGCCAUAUCAAGAGGCAGGAGAAGGAGCUCGAGGAGAAGGAAAACAGCCUCGUCCCGCUUGAGGAGAAGGUCCAACAAACCAAUCAGGCUGUUGCUCAGAUCCGCGCAAGAGUCAACGAUGUUGGCGCAGAUCGCGACGAACAAGCCAAGGUUAUUGCAAAAGUUGAAAAAGACCUGGCCAGAGUGCAGAAGGCACAGAAGCAAUUUGAGGAUCAAUGGAAAGAGACCAUGAAGAAACAGGGCAAGGAAUUGAGUGAUGCAGACCGCAAGGAGUACAACUCACUACGUGCUCAGGCCAUGGCUAAAUCCUCUGAGAACCAGGCCAAGUUGGAGAAUCUGAUACGCCAAUUGAAAACUGACCAGGUUACCGUCAACAGUUUGAGAGGCAAGGUUGAGAACUACGAAGCAGCUGCCGAGAAACUCGAGACAGAGUUGGCUGCAAUCAAGGAAAGACGGAAUACCGUGCAGGAUUUCGUCAAGCAAACGACUGGCGAGAUAGAGGCCAAGAAGAAGGAGUUUAACCGUAUCCAAUCCGAGCGCGUCAGGACCAACCAGCGAAGAACUGAACUGGACGAAAAGCUGCAGGAUGUUCUGAGGAAAUUGAUCGAGGCUGACGACGGACGUCGCCAGAACGACAAAGAGGCUCGUUUGAAGGAAAUGGUCACUUCCCUCAAGCGCGUCAUUCCUGGUGUCAAGGGUCGGAUCGGAGACUUGUGCAAACCGAAGCAGAAGAAGUACGACGAGGCCGUCAUCACGGCUCUAGGGCGCGACUUUGAUUCGGUCGUGGUUGAUACGGAAAAGACUGGCCAGGAGUGUAUCAAGUAUCUCAAGGAUCAACGGUUCCCCGCCAUGACAUUCCUCCCUCUCGACAAUAUCAAGGUAAACGCUGUCAGCAAUGCCAUCAAGAGCAUACAAGGCGCGCGGCUGACCAUUGAUACCAUCGAUUUCGACUCAUCAUUGGAGCGUGCCAUGACAUAUGCUUGCGGAGGCUCCAUUGUCUGCGAUACGCUAGACAUUGCCAAGGAUGUCUGCUACAAUCGGCGUAUCCAAGUGAAGGCUGUCACUCUCGAAGGUUUUGUGAUUCACAAGGCAGGUCUAAUGACUGGUGGUCGUGGGCCUGAACACAAGGGCAAACGCCGAUUUGAGGAACAUGAUGUUCAGAACCUGCGGAAUACGGCCGACAAAUUCCGAGACGAGAUCGAGAAGCUCCCUAAGGCAGACCGCCGCGGCGCUGCAGAAGAAAGCCUGCAGAGUGAACUAUCCGGUCUUGAACAACGACUGUCUUUUGCCCGGAGCGAGCUUGCGGCGUUUGAUCAAAACCAAACCAGCAAGAAGAAGGAACUCGAGAACGUCAGGCGCCAACUUAAGGAGUUGCAGCCAAAACUCAAAGAGGAAGACGACAAGUUGCAAAAGACUCGAUCUACAGUGGACAAGUUUAAGAAAGCAAUCGCUGAGGUUGAGGAUAAGAUCUUUGCUGAUUUCUGUAAGCGGUUGGGCUACGCAGACAUUCGAGCGUACGAGGCGCAACAGGGUAGUCUGGAGCAAGAAGCUGCCGAGAAGCGCAACGAGUUCGAGCUGCAGAAAUCGCGUCUAAACGGAAGCCUUAAUUGGGAAAAGUCUAGACUUGCCGAUUCUGAGAGCAGACUAAAGCGCAUGCGAGAUCAGCUACAGCGUUUCCAAGAUGAUAUUGAGAAAUACGAGGCCGAGAAAGCCGAGAUCGAAGAGGCAAUGGGUUCCGACCAGGACGCCUUGGCCGCGCUUCAGGAGCAAUACGAGAAGCUAAGGGAGAAGCUGUCCGAGCGCACGCAAAAGGUGAACGAUGCCAAGGCUGAUGUGCAAAAGAGGAGCAAAGAUAUCGAGGGCAGACAGAAGGCUAUCAGUGCUCUGGAGACAGAAGUACAAAAGAACAGCGCUGGCAAGUUUGCGUUGCUUCGGCGUUGUCGACUCGAGCAGAUCAAUAUUCCGUUGUCCGAAGGAUCCUUGGAUAACUUGCCCAAUGAAGACAACCUCCUCCAGCAAGACCCCGACGCCAUGGACGUUGAUGAGGCUGAGGAUGAGGCUAUGGAAGAAGCAAUGAAUGAUCACGGUAUCGAGAUCGACUUUGAAGAACUCCCAGCAGACCUCAGAGAACCCGAUGACGAAACGGUCGAGGAUAAGUUGCAGAGCAAGAUCUCGUCCCUGACAUCGGAGCUUGAGAAAUUGAACCCCAAUAUGCGUGCAAUGGAACGACUUGAAGUAGUUGAAGCUCGACUACAAGCCACGGAUCAGGAAUGGAACGCAUCCAAGGAGGCUUUCAAGGUUGCUCGCGAGGCGUUCGACGAGAUCAAGGCAAAGAGAUUUGAGUUGUUCAAUAAGGCCUUCUCGCAUAUCCAAGAGCAAAUCUCACAAGUCUACAAGGACCUGACAAGGUCUGAAAACUAUCCUCUGGGUGGUCAAGCGUACCUGGAUAUCGAGGAAGACACCGACAAACCAUAUCUUUCUGGCAUCAAGUACCACGCCAUGCCGCCGCUCAAGCGCUUCCGAGAUAUGGAACACCUUUCUGGCGGUGAGAAGACCAUGGCCGCUCUCGCACUGCUGUUUGCUAUUCACAGCUACCAACCAAGUCCGUUCUUUGUGCUCGAUGAAGUUGAUGCUGCUUUGGACAACACAAAUGUGGAAAGGAUCAAGAACUACAUUCGCGAGCACGCCGGUCCCGGCAUGCAGUUUAUCGUCAUCAGUCUCAAGACGGGCUUGUUCCAGGAUAGCGAAAGUCUGGUCGGCGUUUACCGAGAUCAGGAAGUAAACAGUUCGAGGACGCUAACAUUGGAUCUUCGAAAGUACCUCUAA